AUGGAAGUGGAAGUCGACGAUGACAGCCAUAGCCAGGCUAUCCGAAUUGUCACUGCCAUCUUUCUCGCUAUUUCGCUCAUUUCUGUCGGUCUACGGAUAUUCGUUCGCACUCGAGUUGUGAAGGCAUUUGGUAACGAUGAUAUUUUCAUGGUUCUGGCCAUGGCGCUGAAUCUCGCAUUUGCCAUCUGCGGUUUUCUAGGAGUGGAAUAUGGAAUGGGUAGAAAAUUGGUUCAUUUCGAGACCAGGCCAGACGAUUUUCCCAAGGCGAUGCUGUGCUGGUGGUUAGGCCAGGUCUUCUACGUUAUCACCUGUGUUGUAGCCAAAAUCUCGAUCAUCAUCACUCUUUUGCGUAUUACAGUCGAUCGCAUACAUGCAUACAUCCUCUAUACCGCGAUUUCCCUCGCAACGGCCGUCGGCGUCGUGUUUCUUUUUUUCACCAUCUUCCAAUGCAAUCCCGUCGAUCAUUUCUGGAAUAUCCUCACCGACUCGAAAGGAACUUGCAUUAGCAAAGAUCUCCUGAUUGGCAUCGCAUACCUAUACAGUGUCGGCGCGGCCGUAACAGAUCUCACCAUCGGUCUCCUUCCAGUGGCACUAAUUUGGAACUUGCGCAUGAAUCAGCGCACCAAACUUGCCAUCAUUGGAAUUCUAGGAAUCGGCUGCAUUGCGAGCGCAGCAGUCAUCGUCCGCAUCCCAUUCAUUAAAAAUUACAAGAGCGACGAAUUUUUAUACGAUACAUACCAAAUUUCAAUCUGGUCAAACGUCGAAGCAGGCCUCGGCAUCACAGCUGGCUGUCUCACCACUCUUCGCCCCCUCAUCCGAUUUCUCCGCGACAGCUCCUCCGCUUCUCGAAGCAGGGGUGCGCGUACACCCGGCUCAUUCCCGCUAUCUAGCAAUGUGGCGCAGGGAUUUAAUCGUAAUUCACGCUCUAAAAUUGAAAAUCGCUCCGAUGUUGACCAGCUCUGGACUGGUACCGAUAAUGAUGACUAUCAUGGCGUGACGACUACGAUUAUGGGGAGCCAGAAUCCUAAUCCGCGCAGUAGUAGCGAAGAGGAUCUAAACCCGAGUCGCGGAGGGUGGAAAGUCGAGCGGUCCGUUCGGGUGUCUGUGCGCGAUGAUUGA